GCUGGAAGAAGAAAUACAGAAAUUAGAAAGUGAGGAAUCCCAAAUAUCUGCCAAAGAACAAAUAAUCUUGGAGAAGCUAAAGGAGACUGAGAAAUCCUUCGACAACUUGCAAAAGAGUUUCUCACACCAGGAUGGUGAUGCAGUAAAUUACAUUUACUCCCAGAUCCCUGAACUCCCAACCCUCUAUUCACGAACAGCAGAGCCAGUUCCUGGGCGGGACGGAGCAAGCAGAGUAGCUGCUUUGUGCACCAUGGAAAUUAAUGUGGAGAAAGACAAACAUACAGGAGAGACCAAGAUUGUCUCUGCUUCACCUGUUGGCCCAGAUGAGGCCCAUCAAAGAGGAUUCAAAGUCUAUGAUGAUGGUACCAAGGUAGUCUAUGAGGUUCACUCUGGUGGCACAGUGGUAGAAAAUGGAGUACAUAAAUUAAGCUCAAAGGACGUAGAUGAACUUAUGCAAAAAGCUGGACAAUCAAGUGUAAAAGGAGGGUAUGAAACAAUGACUGUGUCAGACAGAAAUAUGGUAGCCGAUGGAAACCUUAGCCAUAUGAAGGAGCAAAUGCUCUUCAAGGAGGCAAAGCUGGAAAUGGUACACAAACCCAGCAAAGGGCAUGCUGCGAACCCUCAGCCCCAAGACAAACCCUGCGGUGGCGAAGCCCUUGAGGCCAGUGCAGAUCAGCCGGUGACAAUGAUAUUUAUGGGCUACCAGAACAUUGACGACGAAGAGGAGACGAAGAAAGUGCUGGGCUAUGACGAGACCAUCAAGGCAGAGCUGGUCCUGAUUGAUGAAGACGACGAGAAGUCUCUGCGGGAGAAGACAGUGACGGACGUCUCCACCAUGGACGGGAACGCUGCUGAGCUGGUCUCUGGCAGGCCACUGUCGGAUACGACAGAGCCCUCCUCUCCCGAGGGGAAGGAAGAGAGCCUGCCCUUGGAAGCUGCCCCAGGUACACAAAAGAAAAAGCGCUGUCAGUGCUGUAUUGUCAUGUGA